AACCAUUCUCGAAAUAGCUGUAUAUGCUAGCACUUGCCGCUUAGUCUAAAUUAGUUGAUUUAAGCCUCUAAAAUUCUUGCAUCGGGAUACACUUUUCUUCACUUACCAUCAACAGUAGCAUAAUACACUGCCGGCUGGAAAGUUAACGUCCUGAAAGCCCAGCACGAAGACAUGUCGAAGCUUUGUGUAUCAAAAGUGGCCCAUUCUCAGGAUGGUUACUGGUCUUGGCUGGUCUGUUUUGCUGCCGCAAUGUCUUGGAUGGCUGCAAUGGGCUUUGUCUUCAGUUUUGGGAUUUUCUUUCCAGUCUUCAUGGAAUUCUUUGGAGAAGAUCGAGAACGCGUUGGUAGGUUAUGAAAUGCAUUAGUUUAUUACCCCCUGUUUUAUUUUGUUUCGCUCGUUAUUACAUAACAGACCCCACAUGAGCAUAAUUUGAUUUAAAUACAGCCUUUCACAGGCUUUCAAGCCGCUUAGUCUAGCUGGUUUUUAACAAAUUUACUGUACUGUACUGAGCCGGCUUUCGGGCUGGUCUUGAAACUUAUAAUAUUCGGUACGUCCAACAAAAUCGUCAAUUCUUGCCCUACUUUUGAGGGAUUCUCAAGGUUUGUGUUGUUCGUUCUCCUGGUUUCAGAGCCAACAUUCAACGUUGGUAAAACAGAUGGAAGAAAACUGCACAUUUUUACGUUCUAAAUGUGUUGUUUUCUUUUAUUUUACAGUUAGUGUUUCCCAGGCUUAGUAAAAACAUGACUCUGAAUAUGUUAUCAUUGAGUCAGACAUUGAUAAGGACGGUAUAGUUUGGAUGUCCUGUGGGAAUCAAACUUUCACUGAACUGAGAUGCUUCAUGUGCAAGAAAACGUCGCCCUGAAAUAGCGCACGAAAAGUCAGAUUUAAGUUAAAGCUAAUCAAAUGGUUUGUGUUGUCACACGCUAUUAGUUUUCAGUCCAUUAAAAUUUAAUUUGUGCGGUGAGUUCAUUCAUGCAUGAGUCUGGUACAAGGUCAAUAUUUUUUUUUUCACCACAAAGUCUCGUUUUCAAAAUAUAAAGUUGCAAAGUUUUACAUAAAUGAAUUCCCAAUGCAAUCCAGUUGAAAAGAAUACCCACGCACAAAUAGUGCAGAUGAGAAGAAUUUUGCUUACAAACGAGGCUUGGUGACGUAAUCACGCAUAGGCCAUUGACUUUUGGACUUUGCUUUACUUCGUCUCCUUUUGGUUUUAAACCCUCAACCCAAUAUAAAAUGUACUCUCCCCUGGACUUCUAGUCUUGUAGAAAACGUUGUACGCUUUGGGUAUUAACAAGAUAGGAUAAGUAAAAGAGCUGACUUAUUUCAACAACCUGCCUUCACGUCUUUUCUUAAUUGAUAAAGAUAAGCCAGGAAAUACACACACUGGUGGUCAUUUUGUUUUAGUCCAGUCAUAGCCCUAUAAGUAAGAUUAUAAACUUACUUGCUUGAAUUUUGAAAUACAGCACGUGGAACCCCGCCUUACGCCCGCCUCCGGUAAUACGGUCACCUCGUUAUUACGGGUACUAUUUUUUGGCCGCCCGGCUAAACGAUCAUACAUUUUCUUGUAAAAAAAAACUGAAAAAAGCGGUAACCCGUUAAUACGGCCAAAUUUUUUUGGCCCAUUGGUGACCGUAUUAACGGGGUUCCACUGUAUAUUUAGUUAAAGUAAGACCAAAGGCAAGUUAAAUUACCCCUCACUGGUUUUCACUUCUAAAUAUUAAAACACUCUUUUUCAAUUCACUUUCCGUUAGCUUGGGUCGGUUCUCUUUCCAUCGCUAUAGUCUUCUUUAUUGGUCCUGUCUCUGGAUUCGUGGUCAGAAAGUUUGGCUGCCGCUUAACCAGUCUACUCGGAGGGUUAAUCUGCGCAUCAAGCCUGGCCUUUGCUUCAUUGUCCAGUAGCCUCUUAGCGUUGUAUCUUUCCUACAGCCUUCCAUUUGGUAUCGGAACCAGUUUCAUUUUCAACGGAAGUUUGGUUAUAGUGAGUAACUAUUUUGAAAAGCGGCGAUCUCUGGCUCUUGGUUUAACAACAGCUGGUCUUGGUCUUGGAGUUUUUGUUCAAGGGCCACUUUUGCAGCAGCUGAUAGACAAAUACGGCUGGAUAACAACUUAUAGAAUCAUGUCUGGAGUAUUAUUCGGUGUCUGUUUACUUGGACUGACUUAUGAUCCUAAUGUUAACCCUGAAGGAGAGAGAGAUACCCAAGAGAACGUCGAUCAGUUGUCCUCAUCUGCUAACAAUAGCAACAAUAUUCAAUCAAAUCCAAGAAAAUCACGCAUAGGGAAAAUAAUCCCGGAUGUGUCAGUUUGGAAGGUCCCUGCUUUCGUGGCUAUAACGUUGUCUUCUGGCGUUGCUCAGUUUGGACAUUAUGUGCCACAAAUUCACCUGGUAUGUUGUAAGGUUUUCCCUAUGUGAGAAGGCUUUAUAGUUAGAGAGAGGAACUAGGAAAUAGUAGAGAGAUUUUGUCGGCAGACGAGAAACCCCCCGAGAAGUCUUUCCUCUUAUCCCCAGUCGGAAAGCAAUCAAGCAGUCAAUAUUUGAUAUAAGCAAGAACCAUUUCCAGUUAUGAUGGUUAUGUUGGGACUGUAGAGGGGGAAAGAAGGAACGAGGACGGUAUUCGGUUUCGCAAUAGAUAAGUUUCGUUGGUGCCUAAAGCGGAGGGGAUUGGCAUAAAUAUGAUUUGCAUUCUGUUCAUCCAUUAUUCGUUUAUGUUUUGAAGCAAAGGGCAAUUUCGAGGAGAGAGGUCAAUUAUAAAUUAUCAGUUGACUAAGAUACAAAAUGAGCGGACAAAGACGAAAAAGAAAUAGGUUACUGAAUUUAACGAGGCGGAGAUUGGAGUAGUAUCAUCUUUUGCAUAACUGUGACGCUUGAUGAACUUCCGGCAUGAAAUUUGCGAUUUGAAACUUUCAAUCAGUUCCAUAUUAAAACACACUGACAAUAUUCAUGAAAUCAGUUUUGACACAAAACGAAGUUUUAACUGAACUUAUCACAUCAUAUAAAAAUACCUGGUGUUUGCCCAUAGAUCAGUCUAAAUGCUAGAGCUGUAACAAAACAACUUAUCUUGGUAACCUGCUAUGAAUGAUAGAUAAAAAAAAGAAAGAAAUAAAGAAAGUAAACUGAGAAAAGAGAAAGGUUUUUGUAAAGAGUCUGCCAUGUAAGAUAGUAUAAGUAGACUAUCAACAUACUAUUAUUAACUUUUUAUAUAAUUAUUUAGGUCCAGUUUUGUGGAGACCUUGGCAUAACUGCCGACAAGGCGUCCAGGCUGUAUGUGUAUUACGGACUAACAUCAGCCAUUGCACGUAUUCCAGUAGGCCGCAUAUGUGACGUUAGAGGAAUGAAUCCAUUCUACUUGUAUCAAUCAGCAGAGUUUGUCGUCGGUUUGUCUACUAUACUUGUUACCCUGGCAAGUGAUUACACAACUCUGAUCGUUUUUACAGUGAUAUAUGGACUUUGCGAUGGGGUUUUUAUCACGACCUUGAAUAUAAUUUUAAUGUCAAGCUUUGAAGGAACCAAGAGGCCCGCAGCCCUUGGUUGGCAGAUGCAAGUGGCCUCAAUAUUUCUGGCCAGCGGUCCACCAGUGGCAGGUAUGCUUUCUAUUAUUUAAGACAGGUAUCAUUACGAUGCGUUCAGUUUAAAUAACCAACUCGGUCUAAUACCUCUUGCUUUGGGUGAGAUAAAAAUAUAAUAGAGACCUUAAGAUACCCCGAUAUCGGUGUACGGGUACGGGUAGUGUACCCGUACACGUAAAAUGUUCAUGUGCGUGACUAUUUCGAUUAAGAUACCCGAAGAACAAGCACGCAAAUUAACUUCGUACAUGCAUGUCGCUGAAUGCAUACAAAAUCUCCCUCAAAUUCUACACUUCAUAUCUUAACAACAAGCUGCAACAAAUAAUUGAUUCAUACAUAAGCUUAUUGAAAUAUCAUGGAAAGAUUUUAAGAAACUUGGCGGGAAGUCCCUCGACCGAAAGCUUGUUAUCGCAAACCCCGCCAUUUUGAUCGAGGCACAUCACCAAACAAUUCCUUUGAUUGUCAACUUCAACAGUGGCUCCCAUGCUAAAUAUUUCAAUGCUAUUUCUUUUGCGAAACUCAGACCUUCGAGCAAUUCUCAGAAAUCCCCCCCAAAUACCGCCACAAACUGACAUCGUUUCAGAGUUCAACCUGCACAUUUGAGGUCCAAAAUCACUGUACAUUUUGAAGCGCUUUCUUUACAGCUAAAAUUCAAAUUUGGCAAAAAUAUUUGAACAGACUUGCAAUAACAUUGCCAAGGAGUCAUACAAUUUACAUUUGUACUUAAAAAGUCUUAAAAACUUACUCGCUUCUCCAUCAUUUAGGACUUGCAGCUACUCGUAAAUCUUCUACGGGUAAACUGGUGUCUACCCCGGAAAAAACGGCUGGUUCUACCGGGUAAGGUCGAUGACGUCACCACAAAAUGGAAAAAACAUGGCGCUACCCGUUACCCGUACACCGAUUUCGGGGUAUCUUAAGGUCUCUAAUAAAAAUGCAGUAACACAGGAGGAAGAGAUCGAAUAAGUCCCUCGCCCUCUUUUGCGGCAUAAGCACAGUUGGGUAAUUAGUGCACGGCCUUUUGUGCCAGAGAUUCCCAGUUUCUUUCUCAUGUGUGGCCUCAGAUCCUUAUUUCGAAUUCUUUCCUCUCCGCGUAGCUUUAAGUAGCUUUAACCACCCUUUUAACGAUUACGGAUGCAAAUAGGGGCCAAAAUAAGAGCACUGUCGGCCUUUGGUUAGUCGUCAAAUGAUCACUAUAUCGAGCUACCGGCAUAAAAUAAGGACCCCUUUACCUUUAUCAUAACUCCGAGUUUCUUGUGUUAUCCUUUUCUAGCAGGGACCAAUCUAAAAUAUAAUGUUGUUUGUCCUUGUUAUUUUCUUUCUUCAGGCUUGAUGGCUGACAAACUUGGCUCCUAUGAUGGUGCCUUCUACAUGGCUGGAAGUGUUGUCAUUUUUGCAGCAGGCAUACCAUUCCUUUUGCUUUUUACCAAAAGAAGAACAGCUGAUCGACGUUUGGCAGUCGAGGGUGGCCUCCAGCAAUGCUUGGAAAACACGGCAGCAAACUUAGAGGCUAAGGAAGGCGCUUCAGAGUCAUCCAGUUAUGACGUCAACAAGUCGGCAGUGAUAAAGCGGUCACCUAUCAUAAAUAAAUCAAAAUUGUCUUGUACAAAAGCGAACGGAAAAGGUGGAUUAAGCCGAAAAUAUAGUUCCAGUGGUGAUUGCAGAGCUUAUGCACUAAAUCUACAAGACUCUCUACCGCAAGCGUCCCAGCUUGCAUCAAAUGGGUUUGUAAACAAAUCGUUUACUAUGAGCGAUGAAGUGAUCUCCCGCGAAGUAGAAAUACUAAAAUUGGAGAAAGACCUCCAGGCUGAAAUUGAUGUUAGAGUGCCACAAUUCGCAAGAGAGGACGAAAAAGAAACGGUAGAACAACUUCAGUACGACACGCGGCUGUAAGUAAGCUAGCUCACUGGCAAAUUAGAUCUAGGGCCGUGAUGUUGCGUUGGAUUCUGGCUAGAAUCAAGCAGUCUUGGCGACUGAAAUUAGAGAAAACACUGUAGUUAUCUACCAAACAAUUGAGUGCAACCCAGUGAGCGUAUGUGCCAUCUAGUUUAAGGAGAUUUAAAAUCAAAAGGCCAAGUGAACAUCAAGUCUUUCCAUUUUGAACAUCUCAUCUCUGAACAUCAAGCCCACUGGUUUUUUCUCUCCGUUCAAUUAAGAGACAACUCAAAACAUAUAUUUUUAGACUAGCUCUAACUUGAUUUUAUUUUUAUGGUCAUUUUAUUCUAUCUAUAUAUUUUUAUCAGCAUUUUUACUUUUAUCGGUUUUAUCUAUCAUAGAUUAAUUCCAAAAAAGCAUUUUUAAUCAUUUUUAUGUCAAAGGGCGCUAUUAAUAGUUAUCUCAAAGAUUUUAUAGCCACCUAAUUGAUUUACACAAUCUAGACUAAAAUGCAGUUUGAAUUCUGGUCUUCGGGCUCUGGUAGGUUAGUCAUUUUUCUUCUGGGCCUUGGGAAUAAAUGUAAGAUAAAACAACUCGUUUUAGUGAAGCUGUUAUGGUUUAGACCCUCUUUUAUAUAAACCAUAUAAGACCUUGAUGCACGAACACAGGUAAUAAUUUAAACCAGGCAAAAAGUUAGAAGAGUAUUUGCACCUGGAUUUUUUUUAAAAAAAGCGCUUGCUCUGACUUUCAACCAUCCAAGUGAAAUAAUUCUUUCCACAGGGCGGGUGAUUACUGAAAAAGUCACCAAACAGGUGCCCUCAAAUCAUUUAUCCUACGAGAGCGCGCUGGAUAUGAUCGAUAAAUAUCAGUCUUGUGAAAUUCAGAAAGACUGUGGAAAAUAAUUGUUUCUAUUAAAGAGAACAACAGGCUGCUGAAGCUGCACUAAAAUUUUAAAGGCGCACAGGGAUCCGACAUCACGGAUAUGCGCGGGAAGGCGGAAAACGAUCCAGCACCUACAGUUGACACC